AUGGGAGGAAGGCCCGGGUGGAGAUCUCCGGCUGUCCGCGGCCUUGGCGACGGCGCUCUCCGGUGCUCUCCCACCCUUCCCUCGCCGUCCCGCCGUCCCACGUGGACGUGCGCACCCAGGCCGCCCACCAGGUGCUGGCUCCAGGCUUCGUUGAAGGAUAAACACACGACUACUGGCCAUAGCUUACACCUGCUUCCAAUCCGCCUGCACCCCGAGGAGCUCAGAGCCAAGCAUCUUCCUGACUCAGGAUUUGACAACAUCCUUUACUUCCGUUUGGAACAUGGCUUGGCUGACCUCCUUUACCUCACCUCCCUUACUCAGAUGGCCAAAAAUAGUGAGUCAUUGGCAGGGAAUGCUCGAAUCAUAGUAGGUUUCAAUCCAGAAUAUAAAACUGUUAUUCCUAGGAGACAAAAUGGUGAUGAAAGACUCAGAGUUAUACAUGCUACAACAGAUACUAGAAUAAACUAUCCAGAAAAUGAACAAAACAAUGACAACAGUACCAAUGAAGGUGUAACUACUGGCCCGGAGAAGACUGAACCUCUAGAGAUAAUCUUACAACAUGUUAACAAAAGUGACACAGAUACCAGACUAGAUGUUGUCAAUAUUUCUAAUAACAACUUGACCACUAGUGACACAAAUGCCAUACCGGAUGUUUUCAUCCAUUCUAGUAGCAAUGUGACUACUGGUGACACAGAUUCCAUACCAGAUGUUGUCAUCAAUUCUGGUAACAACGUAACUACUGGCAUGGAAGCGAAUAAAGCAGGAGAUCUUAUACUUCAAGAUGUUAGUGAAAGUGACACAGAUUCCAUACCAGAUGUUGUCAUCCAUUCUGGUAACAACUUGACUACUGACCUGGAGGAGAAUAAAUCAGGAGGUGUUAUACUUGAAGAUGCCAGUAUAAGGCUGGAAGAGAUUAAAACAGGAGAUCUUGUACUUGAAGAUUUUAUUGAAAGUGACACAAAUGCCAUACCGGAUGUUGUCAUCGAUUCUGGUAACCAAGUGACUACUGAGUCUUCUGCAUGUGAAAUUUUAUCUGACUACAAAAUACAACUUGACCAAGAAGAUGUCAAAGAAAGAUUAUUUGGAAUCUUGCUGCUUUUUAUUGAUGUGGGGCUUGUUGUGACUGAACCUUAUAUUCCUAUGCAACUUCAAAUUGUUUCAUUGGCAAUCGCUAUAUUUUUCUUUAUUAAUGUGCUCCUUCAAGUUUACAUAGAAGGGGAAAAGUAUUAUUUUUCUGAUUUACUUAACAUCUUUGAUACAGUCAUCAUUGGCAUCACGCUAUGUAUUAAUAUCACCUCCGUAGUUUUUGAAUUUAAUAUUCUUACAGGCAUUCCAAGACUGACUGUUGUAUUUCGACCUAUACGGCUUAUCACUCUAUUGAGACUAUUUCACCUGGCAAAUCAAAUAAGACAUCUUGAACAAUCAACCAGAAGGAUGGUGUCUGGAAACAAGAGGAGAUACAACAAGGAUGGAUUUGAUAUAGAUUUGACCUAUAUCACAGAGCGCAUGAUUGCCAUGUCAUUUCCUGCCUCUGGACGACUGGCAUUGUAUAGGAACCCGAUAGAGGAGGUCACCCGAUUCCUCGACACCAAACAUUUUGGCCAUUAUUUCGUAUACAACCUCUGUAGUGAGAAAUCUUAUAACCCGCUACAUUUCCACAACCGAAUGCAUAGGAUAAUGAUUGAUGACCAUAAUGUUCCCAGCCUUGAGGAGAUGAUUCAGCUCUCCAAAGACAUUGUUGGUUGGUUGGACUUGGAUCCUCAAAAUGUCGCCGCGCUUCACUGUAAAGGAGGCAAAGGGCGAACGGGAACAAUGAUUUGUGCCUGCCUUAUUGCAACUGGAAUAUUUUCAACUGCUAAGGAAAGUCUGAAAUGGUUCGGCUGUCGCAGAACCGAUUUCAGUCGAGGUUCCAAAUUUCAAGGGGUAGAAACCCCCUCACAAAGUCGGUACGUUGAGUACUUUGAGACCGUUCAAAAAAUAUUUAAUUGGAGUUUACCUCCUCAGAGAACAGUGAAAAUUACCAAGAUUGUAAUCUACUCAAUUCACGGAGUCGGACGAGGAGAUGGAACUGAUCUAAAAAUAGACAUCAUAAUGCAUCGAGAGAUCAUAUUUAGUAGCACACCCGAAAACUGCGUGUUACAACAUGAUGUAGAGACCAAUAGAGCAAUAAUUCUUAUAUUAGACUGUCCGAACUUACAUGCUGACAUAAAAGUGAAGUUUUCAUCACCGAUCAUACCCAACUACUAUGAUGACUGCGCUUUCUUCUUUUGGUUCAACACUGCUUUAAUAAAGAGGAACCGGCUCUACCUGACACACAAUGAACUGGAUAAUCUUCAUAAGCCAAAAACAUGGGGUUUUUAUCCCACUGAUUUUGCUGUAGAGCUAUACUUUGAAGAGGUAGUUUCAUUAGCUAUUCUAUUUGGCACACUAUGUCUAAAUUCAUGUUACUUUAUAUUUCUGUAUAUAUUAAGAAACCCAGAAAAUAAAUUCUGUAUAACAAAGUACCAUUAA